AUGCAGCAGCUGUGGCUCCGCAGCAUGAGGCGCAGACUCGCCAAGAUGCAGUACCCGUACUACCAGUGCGCCUCCAAUACCGUCACGCCGGUGCUCGUUCCUAUUGCGCCGGUGCCGGGUAGGACCGGCGCAGCCGCCGCGACGGCAGAGUCGAACGCACAGCAGCAACAGCCGAAAACAUCGCUCCCUCUCCCCCUCUCUCUCCAAGCAGGCGGCUCACGGCUGACGACCGGACUCACCUUGCGCCCUCUCUCCCUUUCCUCCGCUACGACACAACCCCCAAAGGCGACUCUCAAUCCCCAGCCCCAGCAGCCAAGCGGUAGCAACGGCACCACAACGACGGAGAGGGACGCACUCCCCGCGCCAUCGGCCAUGGUUGGCGGUUUGGGGCCUGACACAGUCAGCGGUGCCUCUCAGUCGGGCAUCGCUGCCACGAGCACCACCACAGGAACAGCGCGGCCUCUGCCUCCAGCACAGGAUGGUUACGCGAGCGGCAUGAAUGAUGAUGCCGACGACGCCGUGGCCGCAGUGACCAAGGAGGAGGAGGGCAUGGAGGACAUGACGGCGUCCGAUGGCGCCAUCGGCAAUAACGACUCCCUGGUGGACGCACCGCCCUUCAUGGUGAUGCGCCGGCAAGAGCAGCAAGGUAGGCCGUCACAGCGAGGCGUCGCUGGCCGCCCCAACCCCAGCCCGCGAAUCGCUGCUGGCUGGCCCCACUGCACGGCCGACACUGUCGAUGAGGUGAACUUCAGCUGCCGCGGCAUCGCUGUGGCGUUCAAAGCCUUUACAGCAGGCGGUGAGGGAAGCAGAAGCUCACCGACGUCAGUCAUCAUUCCAAGCACGUCGGAGGUCACAGGCCUCGCAGCGAUGGAAGAGAGCACUCCUGCAGCGACCCGAGAUACCAAAGCCGCGUCCUCACCGACCCCAGCGGCUGUCUUGGUCAUGUCGAAGACCCAGGUGCCGCCGCUACAGCCACCCAUGCACUCUCAGGACAAGAAGAACGGCAGCGGUGGCUACAGCAACAACGAUGGUGCUGGUGGUGCGGGCGAGCCACUGCGAGACGCGGGUGGCACCGACGCGACCAACGUGAAGAAGAGCAGGAAGACGCCCAGCAGCGCGCACCCGUCGACGACGGAAGCGAUGCAGAAGCUGCCCCUCGCCAGCGACAACAGCCGCACCGCGACUCCCACCCGACACGCAGUGGCCACUUCACCGACGGAUAUGCGCACGCAAAGGGGGUCAUCGUCGAGGGGGAAAAUGGCGAAAGCAAAUCUUCUCGAUGACAGGGGCAAAGACGACGAGGCGCUGACGUCCUCCUCACUGCCGCUGUCGGCCUCCACGACAACAACGUCAUUCGCUGGUGCGACCGCGGGGCAAGGCGCGGCCCCCACACCCGCCUCGCUUGGGGUCAAUCUCGCCACGUCGUUCCACCAAGCUGCGAUGGAGGGCAGCACCGGUGUGCUGCCGCGGUUGCUGAGCGCGGAGUUGGCGCCUGAUGGGGGGCAUCGCUUCCCGCUGCGACUCAUCGCCUUCUACGCUGUCGAGGUGGCGCUGGUGCUGCAGUACCUGCACCGCGAGGGCUUUCUCUACCGAGACCUGAAGCCGGAGAAUAUUUUGAUGCGCGGCGAUGGGCACGUGAUGCUGACGGACUUCGGCGUCGCCAAGUACCGCAAGGGUGCUGCCAUCAUUCCCUCAGCCAGCGGCGACGGCGUCAACGGGGAGGAUGCUACUAACUCUUCCUCGGCUGUUGGUACUGGCGCCGACGGCAGAGCGAACAGCUUUACAGGCACGACGCAGUACAUGAGCCCAGAGAUGCUACGUGGGCAACCGCACGACUCCCGCACAGACUGGUGGAGUUACGGCUGUCUACUCUUCGAGUGGGCCAACGGGCGCAAGGCAUUUGACGCGCAGAACCAAUUCGCGCUCUUCCGCUCCAUCGUAGAGGAGGACGUGAAAAUCACCCCGGAGGACUACCGGCUCACCCCACUGGAGGUGCACACACGCGUCGCACAGUUGCACUACCGCACGGAGGAGGUGCGGCUGGAGUGCGAGGAAUGGGUCGCGCGGCGAUUACGACGCAGCUUCACUUCACCGCUGCAGCGCUCAAGGUCGCCGUCGACUUUCAUAGCCGAGGUGGUCUACAACCCCGACAAUCGCAGCUUCGAUGUGCUGCUGCGCUCUCCAGCGAUGUCAACCCGGUCCGCGCAACCCGGCAUCGAUGGCUCCUUCGCAGCGACUGAGGGACCGGAGGGAGCGGUGGCAAACAACUCAGUGAGCAGCAGCACUCCACACCGGCACGCCUACCCUCGCCUGCAUAACCAAGGCUACGCGUCGCCGCAGUCGCCAGCAGCUUCGGUAGGAGCACCGACAGCGGCGAUGCUGGAUGACUCAUUCGCGAGCCAACUCGGCACUCUGAGACUACCCAACGCUGCCGGUGCGGAAGACGACCCCCCAGGGCCUCCGCCAAAGUUGGUCCUGAAUGACUCCCUCGAAGCCAGUUCCUUCGUGGCAACUGGAUUCAGCUCCUCCCUAUCGCUCUGCGGAGCGCCGACGAACCUGUCCAUGCAUCUGACCACCACCGAGGACGGCGCCACCACCGCGCUGCGCCAGCAAGAGCAGCAGGAGCGGUAUCGCCACCAUCAGCGACGCCGACUGCGCCUGUCCUGCCUCACCCUGGACGAGGCGACUCGCGACCGCUACGUCGGCACCGCCGUGGCGCAGAUGGAUGAGGCGCAGGCGCUGCUGCGCGACUUAACUGUGAAGCUGCUCGACCGCCGCGUGGAGCACCGCCUCAGCGGCGAGGCCGUCCUGGAGCAUCCCUUCUUCACCUGCUCGUACAUCGCCUCGCAACUGUACUACGAGGUUUAUCAACGGCGUGUCCUGCCGACGGAGCUGCGUCGGCUCGUGCGCGCCUCCCUCGGCCCCACCUCACCGACCGACCCCGUCGCGUCGACGUGGGAUGAGGCACUGCAGCAGUCUAUCACUCCCUCCUCUCCGCUGCCGUCAACGUCCACCGCUGCCGCCGCCUCGCCCGUGCAGAGCUCUUUUCUCCCUGUUCCGCUGCAGCCGCCGACGCGGCCGGAGGACUGGCGUCAGCUCUUCAUGGAGCGGCGCAUUCGCGCCCCCUACACACCGCGGCUGCGGACCCGUGACGACCUCCGCUACUUCCCGUCUGCGGUGACAGCGACAGGGCUCUCCGCUGCUGUCGAGCAGCACCGCCGCAUCAAACAAGUGAAGGAGCAGCAACGGGAGCUCAUGAUGAUGCGAGCCAACAAGGCGGCGGCAGCCGUCAUGAACAGCAGCCUCAGUGGCGGCGGGCGCUUCACGCCUACCCUGCCCAGCUCUCGCACGCAGGUACCAGCGAACAGCAGUGGCGGCGGUGGUGGCUUUGCCGCUCUCCAGCCUCUCGACGCGGAGGCGGCUCAGCAGCUUCCAGCCACCACCACCCCCAGCAACAGCCUCAGUGCCUAUAAUUACGAUGGGGCCUCUCACCUGCCUGCGCUCAACCCCAACAAGGCGGCAGCCGCGGACAUCAGUGACGUCAAAACCACUCGAGGGGCCUCCCAAGCGGCCACCGCACCGGCUGCCAGGUCGCAGGGGCCGACGGAGGUGCUCCAGUCGCUGCAACUGCCCCCGGUAGAGGUGAUGGUGUCCGUCACUGCUGAUCUUGGCGGUGCUGCGCCGUCACCCAGGAGACCGGCCGAUGUGUCAGCGCAGAGCCCCGCGGCUUGUGAUGCGCGACGGGCAGGCGUUGCUAAGGAGGCGCAGCUUGACGCAUCGCCGGUACAGCACCCGCUGCUGCAUCGCCACAGCGGUGCCUUGCCUGCUUACACGGGGGAAACGGCGGCGGGUACAAUGGAGGGCGUGAUGAGGGAGUCCUCGCCGCUCUCCUCUACACCAACGACAACGCCGAUGACAGCGACUCGGAGGGUGGAGGGGGAGCGCGCUGAAGCGACGGCGUCAUUGCCAUACCCAUCACGCGCAACGGUGCUUCCGCUAGCUGAGCGUUACUCGACCGAGAUGGCCUCCUCGUGCGCAUCUCCUGAGGACACUCCACCCAGCGCAGGUCGGGUCAGUAGCGCCGCACGGGGCGGUGCAGCAGCCGAUGGCGUGAAGGCUGGCAACGGUGGUGCGAUGACGACAGCGGUGGUGGAGGAAUCCCCGUCAGACCUCUUUGACCGCGCGGCGACGCUGCCGCAGAGCUUCGUGGAUGCGGCGCUGGCAGUGGCCGCCGCCGCCCAAAAAAAGCAGCAACGCUCCGUGGGCCCCACCGCCGCCCCUGGCGCGACGGCAGCCGCGGCUGAAUCGCCCCGCAGCCCUGCCCCCACAGACGUAGCGCGCAGCACCGGUGCAGAUGCAAGCGCCUUGGCGGCGGCAUUACCGACUUCACUAGGGGCUCCGCCGCUGCCGCAGCAGCAGCAGCCGGCAAGGGUAGAUUUCGCAGCGCCCGGCUGCUCUGUACUCUCCGCAGGCCACGGAAUGGCGUACGCCGCCGACGACGGUGCUGACGCGCGGUUGGGCAGAAUUCUCCCCAAAUGUGGCGGCAUUGAUGCACACAGUGUCACAGGCGCGGAGAUCCACGCAGAGGAGGUGGUGGACGAGGACGAGGACCAUGAUGGUGGCGGUGGUUACUAUGAGCAGGACGCCUUCGCCGAGGAUGACGCGCACGUGGUAGACGCCGGCGAUGCUACUGUUGUGGAAGAGGUAGUCAGCAUAGCCGAGAGGACGACCGCGAGCAACAGCGCCACUGCUACCGUGAUUGCCUCGGCGAUGGACGCUAGCAGCUGCGAUGACUCCCAUGUGAGCGCGCGGACGGUGACGCCGAUGCAGCAGGCCACAAUGUUCAGACCAUCCACAGUGUGCAGCAGUGCUGGCACGAGUGAGUGGGGAAACAGCGCUGCGAACCCACUCUCUCCCAACAGUGGUGGAGGUGUCGACGGCAAGGUCAACAAUGCCGGCAGCCGCGGAAACAUGUCACCCGGCGGCUUGUUCUCUCUCGUGCCCAUCGAGGUGCCGCCGACUGCGAACGUCUCCCUCAGCUUCUCCAGUCACACGCACUCACUGUUGGACGACGGCGCCACACGACCCAUGCAUGACUUCCUGAAGGAGACGCCAGUGCACGUGUCACCGCUGCUCAGCCGCGGGUGCGAGGAGCACUGCAGCCUCAGUGGCUUCGCAGCGUCGUCAGUUUCCUCCAUGGCCACCAUGCCUUUCGACGACUUGCAGCGAUCUCUGUCCGCCAGCCUUGGCACCAGUGGCGCUGACGGUGCAGAUGGAACCAGCAGUAUGUGGGCGAUGUCAUCGCCUACCGACCCAGCCUCCGCUGAGCGAGGGCAUCAACGCCGAGGCCAUCACAACCCCCUGCUGGACAUCGAUAGCAGUGAAAGUCAGGGCGGAUCUGAUACAGCGUCGCACGCGCUACCGUCACUCACGCCUGGUGAACAGCACCACCAGCAGCAGCAGCAGCUCUUGUCUGCUUUGAUGUCCGUCGUGAGCCCCUUAUCGCCAGCAGGUACCACGAGUGACACCGUGCUGUCCGGAGAAGCCGCUGACGUGCUGUCGUGCGCCACGGUGCCAACGGCGGUGCAGAGGCUGGCGGACACACGUGUCAGCGUCACAAGCGGUGGUGGUGCAGAGGCCCCCCCUGAGAGCCUGUGCGAUGGGAGGCCGCAUGGCACUAAUGAUGCGCGUUCGGGCUGCCCGCAGACCUCGGCCGCAUUCCCCGAUGUGGGGCAUCGUGGUGCACACCCGUCACGUGCGACUGCGGCGUCGAUCACACAAGUAGCGAGCAUGAGCGCCAGCAACGACGGCGCUGACGACGGUGAGACCACCACCACCGGCAGCUCGAGCGAAAGGGUGGACGGAGGCAAGAGUGGGAGCGACGUGAGUGGAUUGGGCAAUUCAGCAGGGCGACCAGUAAUACCCGUGCCAGCCAGCACGUGGGGUGGGAACGUCGCUGACGAUGCGCGCCACUCGGACAGCGCGCUGUCGCUGCUGGGCUCGUCUGUGUCCUCCAUCUCCACGACAACGUCUACUUCGGCCCACACCUUCUCCAUGUCCUCAGGGGCCUCCUCGAUCAACUCGGAGACCAACAGCGACACGGCAGUCGCAGCAGACGCAGGGGCAGCCGCGAUGUACCACACAACCAUCUGCCCAUCAAUGGUAAUGCUGGCCGGAGAUGACCGUCGAGGUGCUGGUGGUCUCUCCGGCUCCUUCGGGAGCCACAACCGCGGCGGCGCCACCUCCCUUUCUCCGUACGGCACACUGCCAUCACUCGACGCUGGCAGCGGUGGUCACCGCCGUCGCCAUGGAAACGGUCAUCGCAUACCGCAUUGGUACGCCCACCUCGGUGGCGACGCUGCGCACGGUGGUGUCGGCACGACCACGCCCUUCGCCGCCACUGAUGAGAUGGUCGAGAACCCGACUCUGGGCUCAAACCCCACGGCGAGCGUACUGUCGCUGUUCACUGAGAACAGCGGCAGUACGCUCUUCGGCACUGCGGCUCCCUCCGCUGUCAACCUCAGCACGACUGGUAGCGGUACUGGCGAUGCCGCAGUGUUUUGGGGGCCGCUUACAACCACGCUUUCUGGUGUCGCGUACAACGUCGAUGACGAGGCGAGCAUGGGCACCUUCCCAGAGAUGCCGGUAACACCACUCAGCAGCUGCGACGGCAACAGCGGCUCAGCAUGGCGGCCGUCGUUCGACUACAGCGGGCGCGGUCAGGGUGGCAAGGAUGCCAUCGGGAGCAGCUCCAGCAGAGGUAGCGGCGGCCCUUCAGGCACAAGCGAACGACGAGGCGUGCAGGCGCUCUGGGCGCAGCAGCAACGCAAGCGAAUCGCACGUGGUCUACAGCAGCAGCAGCAGCAGCAGCCAGACCUCUCGCCGGUGGCGUCGCUGCUGCUGCACGGUGCCGACACCGAAAGCGGUCGUCGAGGGACCAGCGAUAGUGGAGAUCAGCAGUGGUAUGGAACCAAGCGCAACCCCAGUAACGCGACCAUCUUUGCAGAUAGGCUUGUCGGCUUCACCUCCGACGACGGCGGUGCUGGGCAGCCGCUGGGACGUCGCCGUGACAGCGUCGUCGACCAACCUGAGCCGCGGCAGCCGAGCCUCGGGAUACCAUACCGCCGCAGCGUCGGCGAUGAUGGCGCAGCGCAGCGGCAGUCGUCUUCCCCGCAAAGCGGUGGGGAGCAGAGCCGCAGCCAUAACCUGGUUGGCAUGAGAGGCUAUCAGAACUCAUCCUUGACGAACUCUGACAACCAGGGUGGUGCAGACGGCCGGACCGGUGCCACCAGCGGCGGGGGUGACGGCGGCGGCGGUGGGCUUGACCACUUUCAAAACUUCUCCUUCACGUCUCCGCAGAUUCUUCAGCAGUACCUCGCCUCCUCUUCCUUCGGCGGUGGCGGCAGCGGUGACAGGGAAGGGCGACUCCCGCACUACCAACGACCUCGUCGUGGUCGACUGGACGGCGGCGGGGCCGACCGAGACUCUUGA